AUGACCCGCCCGGCCUACCUCCUCGCGCACGUCCUUCGCGCCGUCCCCGUCUCGAUGAUCCACCACUGGUGCUACCUCAAACAAAAGCUCGCCGCGCUGCGGUUGAUGGACUUCAAGGACUGCGGGGCGGGGAUGCGAAAGGCCCUGAUCCCCGCCCCCGCGAUCGAGGCGGAGACGUCUCGGACGCCCUGGGGGGUUUCCCCGCUCAUUCAGCAAUUUCACCUGCUGCGGGUGGCCCUGCUGAUGAUUGACGACUACCUCGAAGGGGCGCUUUUGCUCGAUCGCUCGUUGGUGGUGCGGAACCUGCGCAGCCGGCGCUUUACGCGGCAGCUCCUGGGCUGGCUCGCCCGGCUCACCUCGCGGACGAUUCUCGAUACCUUUUUGUUGAGCGUCGUGACCCCCAUUUUGCUCGCGAGCGCCGAUCACUACCCGAACGUCUUCGCCAACCUCCGCCCGACGAUUCCGGGGCUUUUGCGGGGGUUGGGCUGCGGCUGCGCGGGGGUGCUGCUCCAGUGGAUGUUCAUCCCCCUCGCCAGCCAGAUGGUCAACCGCGGCGUCGUGACGGUCUACGAGGGCGUGGAGUAUCUCAUUCUACGCCGGUACGCCAUGCGGCUGAACAACCCGGAGGAAAACAACUUCGACGACGACGACGACGACGACGACGACGGGGGGGAAGAGGAGGUCGAGCAUAGCCGAAUGGCCUCCGUCGUCUCCUACCCCGAGUCCGACGCCGAGCCCCGCAAAGACGGCGAGCGAGCCGCCAGGGACCGAGCGGAGUCCGGGGGAGGGGGGAAGCGCGCGCGAGGGGAGUCCGAGCGGACGGCCGAGGACGUCCUGCGGCGGCUGCGGCGCGAGAUUCGGAAGGAGAUGGAGGAGGUCCAGCGCCGCCGCGCGCGCCGGGCGCGGCGGGUGGCGGAGGCCCGCCACGCGAUUCUGCGCGCGAUUUUCUACCGCAUCUCCGGCGCUUUGGUGGCCCAAUGUGUGGUGGAGCACCCGCUCAACGUCGUCGUGGAGCUGCUGCGCGGGCGCGCGAUGAUGCACGUGUGCGGGCUGCUGAACUACUACGACGACGCGAGGGAGUUGGAGGGGCUGAACUGGGCGGGGGCGGUGCGGUUUUGCCAGAAACUGGCCGCCCCCGCGGCGCCCGGAGAGGGGGAGGGGAUCCCGCAUUGGCUGCAGCUGCUUCGGGGGGUGGGCUCCGUCGUCGGGGUGGAGAUCCGGACGCUGACGGAGUCCGUGCAGGCGGCCUCGGGGCAGUUGGGCGCGAUUCGGCGACUACGCCGGAGCGCGUCGGACGCGAUUCGCGAGGGCGGGCGGCCCUCGGCCUGGCAAAGCGCGGAGUUGAUGGCGCGCUGGAUGUUAUCCUUCACCCCACUCUAUUAUGACGUCCAGCUGACCGCGGUAGAAAAGCUUUUGGGAUUUUACAUGGCAAUCUGGACACGUUUGACUAAAACGUAAAAAAAAAGAAGACGGUACGCUGUGUAGGAAAUCAAUGGUGAUUUUGUCUUUUAGAGUAGCAAGUUUAGUUAGAAAUUGUGAAUUAUUUCUAUCGACUAUUUCACAUUGUGAUAACCAUAUGGUAUACACAUAUACAACUAAAAUUAUUUAUCUGUAUAUUAAUGAUAAAGUAGGGGUUAAUGUCUAGGCGCUUAAACUUUGUACAUCCCUUACCGUUUUGAGUUCACAUUCCAUUCAGAAACCUUUAAUAUGAAAUUUCAAUUGAUUACUGAUUGCAUGUAAUUCUACAGGUUACUUUGUCAUGUAUACCUUCAUCACAAAUGGGUUGAUAACUGUAAAGAAAUCGUUGCCUGUGGAAUUAACGAGAUAUGAAAAGUAUAGUAGAAAGUCAAAUCUAUCAAGAAUUCUUUGGGAAGCAACCAUUUCUGAACUGAAUGACAGUAAAUAAUAAUAUAGUAUUAUUAUGCUGCUUAUUAGUUCAGUUAAGAUUCUCCAUGUAAAAAAAAAAA